AUGAACAUCACGACCGCUCAACCGGACAAUCCCUCGCACCGCCGCCAGUCGUCGCGCAGUGGCUCCAUUUCCUCCUCGUCGCUUGCCCGGUCCGCCUCGCUGAGGGACGCCAACAACCCGGAAUCGGCGUCCUCACGCCGUUCAAGUGCCGCCAACGGCGCAGCAGAUGGCAUUGCAGCUGCGAGGGACGGCCCAGCUGCCUCUGCCAGUGUGAACCGCUGGUCUCAGAGCACCGCAACCCCCAGUCGGGACCAGCAGCAGGAGCGGAGGGAUCAACACCACCAACACGCCAACCACCAGCACCACCCGAGUUUCUCGCGCAAACUGAGCAUCACCACGACACUGCCUACCACGACGCCCACCACCGCCAAUGGAUCUGCUCCCCACCCGCAAUCGCCCUCACGCACCGCCAAUUCCGCCAGCCGCUCGCCCACGAGUCCUCGCCGACAACGCCCUCGCUCUCCAGCAUACGACCCUCCAUCGUCUGUGACGGCUCCCCCAAAGAUACCCUCGCUGCCCCCGAUACACCUGCCAUCAACAGUCUACGACCCCAACACCCCCACCAGCACCUCGACCGCCAACAACUCGCCCUCUGCGUCUAGCCUCUUUACCCCGAACAUUCUCUCGGGAAAUCAGCCACGCGAUUACUUCAACUCGAAACCCGCGCAGCCCCCACCUGCCCAAAGGCCUCCCUCGCGCACCACCAAGGCUGAAAGGGUGUUGGGGAAGUCGCCUCUCGAAUCGCCUGCUGUCCUCCACGAGGCCGCCGACUCCACUUCGGGCCCAGGUCGGCCCUCCACAGGACGAAGACCCUCGAUUGCUGCGGCACCUAGGGAUAUCGCCCAAAAGCCCCCACCGAGUGCGGGUCAUAGGCAGGCCGCCUCACGGGACCACUCCAGGAGCCAGAGCAGAGAACAGUUCAGGUCUGCCAGCAGAGCCCACGCCCGGAGCCCCAGCAGGGAUCACCUUCGCACUGAAAGCAACGCCAGCGCUAGAUUAGACGACGGCCACCAGGGCACUCCUCCCCGCACACGCGAGCGGAGGGAGAAGGACAAGAAGACCAUGUUGUCGCGCGCUCUGCAAAAGGCAAAUACGGCCGUCUUGCUCGACAAUGCGCAAAACUUCGAGGGCGCCAUGGAGGCGUACGAGGAUGCCUGCAAGCUCCUCCAGCAGGUCAUGAUUCGCAGCUCGCAGGAAGAGGAUAGGCGGAAGCUGGAUGCCAUUCGAGUAACAUAUACCAAUCGCAUAGAAGAGCUGCGACGAUUAGACCCUGGCUACAUCAAUCACAGUGGUAAAUCGCUACCAGCUCGUCCUAUGAGUGGGGAGUCGCUGGACGAACACCGCUCAAUGCUGCUCCUGGACGACGAUGACGAGCAACCUGCAGUAAUUGAGACUGCUACAGUAUCCCGCAUAGUUAACGACCGUUCCAUAUAUGAUACCCCCUCCAUGAGCGAGCCUACACCGCCGCUCUCACAGCAACUGCCCCUCCGCAAGGGCUUCGAAGGUCCCCGUGAGUCUGUCAUAUCCACAGCCAUCCGCGAUGUGCAAAGAGGCAUGCAGAAUCCACAGUUCAACCUGCAACCCCCACCUGGACGACUUGCGCCCUCUACGUCAUCGGUUCGAUCUUCCGCUGCCGAGUCCAUGAUGGACCGCGUGUACAUGCCUCCACCACUGUCUCCAAAGCGGUCCAAAUCUCCCCUCCUUAGCGGAAAGACUGAGACUGAGCCCGGAGAGUAUGGCCGGCUACUCCAACCACAACAAGCAGUCAAAUCGAACCACCAGCGAGUCCACAGCAAUGAGUCAACGUCAUGGCUCGACACUAUAGACGAGUCUGGAGGAUCAUCGUGUUCCUCCUCAGUACAUUCCAUGUCUCCUGGAGGAGUACGCCGAAAACAUCUACGAAACACAAGCGGCGGAACUGAGGCAGAAUUCGAUGCGGCGCUUGAUGCAGCCGUUGAAGCUGCGUACGAUGAUGGCUACGAACCUUAUGAUGACGACAUAUCUACCCCUGCUGAUUUGAUAGCGACCAAGAUGCGGAACGUGGAACUGGCCAAGGAGCGAGUACGUGAAGCGGAACGUGAGGAGGCCAUUGCUGCGGCCAAGUAUCGUUACAAAGAAACGCAGCUCAGAAGCGAGGGACUUCCACAUGUGCGCGAAAGCGCUGAGAUAAGAUUCAACGACGAGGCGGAUGAGGAAGAGCGAUUACUGGACGAGAUGACAAGAGAAUACAUGCUUGACGGCUUUGAUUUCGAUCUCCAAACAAAGUCGGCGCUGCCGCGGCAGUCGGACUCGAGCGGCUUUUCUGGAAGCACGUACAACAGCUCGGUAUCCUCGCACAGAACGACGGGUGGUACGUCACUUUCGACGGUUGCAGAGGUCAUACACCCGACAUCCAAACAGCCACCCGUGCAUCACCCUCCCCCGGUCCCUGCUCCAUCUGGCGCUUUGCCUGCAUUACCUUCGGUUCCGGAGUUACAAGCAUCGCAACCAAUCGACACCGCAGAGGUUACACCCCGGCCUACUACCGCUACCAAGGACGCAGCCUCAGUACGAAGCCGGAGACUAUCCGGACAAAAUGCAAAGUCUCUGAAAAUCGAGACUUCCGUAUCACCAGUCCCGCCUGCACCGCACACGGAGAAGCCUCCGGUGCCAGCUAAGGAUGCGCCUCUCGACCUCCCUAUCCAACCCAAGUCCGCGGCACCAACAUUCAGCACUACUAAGCCAGCACUAGACCCCGCAUUCAAACUUCCCGCGCUGCCGCAAGCGUCCCAACAAUCUGGUCUCCGAGCUCCAUCGCCUCAGCCUACCCCUUACAGUCCCGCCGAGACUGCUCCCACUGUUUCACCGGCGACGCCUGCCCUAGGCCAUGCUGUACCCAACGAAGCCGGUCUUGUACCAGGUUCACCAAAGAAUGGGAAAACCUCAGCGAUGGGAAUCAGGAAGAACAAGUCCUCUCUUAGCCUGAAGCAGCGCAAUCUGUCGAUAUCCAGCCCAGAUGGCUCAGAUGCGUCUAUAGGAACGCCACUCAGCACGACUUUCUCCAUUACGGGGCGCAAACCUAGCAAUGCUGGACUAGCGAUGCCAACGCCCAGCAUCCCCACAUUCAACGUUGAUGGUCUACCGAGUGGAGGGAUGCACUUGUUCGAAAGUGAUAUUCACUCACCGUUUUCGCCCGGUUCGCCAAGCCCAGCCAUCACAAACGCACCGAUACCCCUAGAGCCAUGUCCGGAUUCGUAUCUCCUGAGACCGUUCUGGUUAAUGCGAUGCUUCUACCAGACUAUUGCACAUCCCCGCGGUGGAUACCUCUCAACUAAGCUCUUUAUUCCUCGCGAUGUCUGGCGAGUAAAGGGCGUCAAGCUAAAGAACAUCGAGGACAAGAUUGCCAACUGCGACAUGCUUACAGCAGCCUUACAGAAGCUGGCAUCUGUGGAUACCAAUGAUGCAGAUGCUGUGCUAGAAGAGAUGCAGUCUUUGGAGCUAGUGCUCGAUCAGGUGCAAACCCAGCUAGCGAAGAAACUAGGCAACGACGUCGGUGUACAGUCCGUAACCGCACUAUUCAGAGACGCGACUACCGUCGGCGAAGGUGCAGCAUCAGCCGACGGCGUCGGCAAGCAUGGUUCCCAAGACCACGCCCACAAGGGUGCUGUUGCUCAGGGCAAGUCGUACCUUGCUUCUUGGCGGAAGCUUCGAUCGAAGAACUCGGGCGUCAACCUCGUUGGCAUGGCUGGUGGUGCCAAGAGUGCUGAAGUACCCAAGGACACUCUUGUCAUGUCGACAGUUCCCAUGACCAAUCUCCCGAGCAUUCGCUUCGCCAAGCGAGACAUCUCGGGUCUUGUGUUUGAGGGUCCUAAUGCAGGCUACAUGGGUUCUUUGGCGCGGCUGUUUGAUGCGGUCCAAAUACUAGACCAAAUCGCCCGCCAAGUCGAAGAUCCAGGCCUCAAGUAUUCCUCCCCCACACACGUCGGUCUGGAGCUAUCCACGCGCCACGCCGCAGAGUUCUUCGGCUUUUACAUUUGUCGCUUUGUCCUCCAGGACGUUACCAUGAUGCUGGAUAAAUUCAUCAAGAGAGGCAGUGAAUGGGUUUUGGUUUAA